CCUCCCUUCCUCCCUCCCUCCCUCGCUCAAGCAGUCAAGCUCAUCCCCUCCCCUGCUUCCCCCCUCUUCCCAAGCCCCGAUUCACAGCCGCAACUGACGCCAUGAGAGGGGAACCCGACCUACAUAGCCCCCGCUAGCCUCUCCGCAGCAGCUCCCGCCGCAAUAAUCCACGGCCUUCUUCCACGCUCCCGUCCGUCCAAGAAAGAUGCGGCCGUCACGGGGGGAUCUCGGCGUCCUCUGCCGCGGCUUCCUGCUCCUGCUCCUCCCUUUCCCGUCCCAUGGCAAGGACAUGCCCCUCGGCUCCACCCUCACGCCGGGCGGCAACUCAGCGGCGUGGGCGUCGCCGAACUCCACCUUCUCCCUCGCCUUCGCGCCGUCCCCGACAUCCCCGUCGCUCUUCGUCGCCUCGGUCACCUACGCCGGCGGCAUCUCCAUCUGGUCCGCGGGAGCCGGCGCGCCCGUAGACUCGGGGGGCUCGCUCCUCCUCUCCUCCACCGGCGACCUGCAGCUGGUCAAUGGCUCCGGCGUCGUGCUCUGGUCGUCCGGCACCGCCGGCCGGGGCGUCUCGGCGGCCGCCCUCCAGGAGAGCGGCAUCCUCGUGCUCAAGAACUCCACGGGCGGCGCCGUGUGGCAGUCCUUCGACCACCCGACGGACACCGUGGUCAUGUCCCAGAACUUCGCGUCCGGCAUGAACCUCACCUCCGGCUCCUACGUCUUCACCGUCGACCGGGCCACCGGCAACCUCACGCUCAGGUGGGCCAACGCCGGCUCCGCCACCGUCACCUACUUCAACAAGGACUACAACUCCACCUUCACCGCCAACAGGACGCUCAGCUCCCCGACGCUCACGAUGCAGACCAACGACAUCGUCUCCCUCACCGACGGCACGCUCAACGCACCCGUCGUCGUCGCCUACAGCAGCAAUUACGGCGAGAGCGGCGACAUGCUGCGCUUCGUGCGCCUCGACUCGGACGGCAACUUCCGCGCCUACAGCGCCGGGCGCGGCAGCGGCACGGCCACCGAGCAGUGGUCCGCGGUGGCGGACCAGUGCGAGGUGUUCGGCUACUGCGGCAACAUGGGCGUGUGCGGCUACAACGGCACGUCGCCGGUGUGCGGGUGCCCGUCGCAUCAGCAGACGGAGCAGCGGCAGCAGGGGGCGACGGUCUCCGACGCCGUGGCGGAGGAGGCGCCGGGCGGGGGCGCACGGGGCUUAGAUCCACCCAUCCCAGGACCGGUGGAGGACAGGGGCAGUUUUGAAAAACGAAACGUUUUUUUUCACUUAAAAAAGAACUGCGGGAUGAUUAACUGA